UGAAAGGUGUAUGUAACAUGCGGUGGGUGUGGUGCCUGUGGGAUGCAGGAAGGGUACGCGACCCGGAAGAGCCUCGCCAGGGCUUUAAAAGAACCUCCCCCAGUCGUUUUUCAGCUUAAAUAACCAAGGACAAUUCCGCACCGAUAUCAUCCCGGCCACAGCGUAAAGCGAAGACAUGGAUUCUCUAUGCACCAUCUGCAGGCAAAUCAACUUCGAGGCACUGCGGAACCCGCUGCUGUCGGGCCUGCCCGCCCUGCAGUAGAGCCGCGCGGACACGAGCCGGCACCCGUUCAAGCCCAGGCGAGACGACGCUCACGUCUCCACGGCGCUCGGUUCGUUCUACGAGAUCCUUCGGCGGGCCCCUUCCUGCCGGCUCUGCCGCCUCAUCGGCGACGCCAUAUCGAAUGCAAGGCUCCAGCGGCCUGACGAGCUCAAUACCAGAGAAUACGAGCUCUGUCGGGCGGAAACGUCCUUCUACGGCGUAUAAAACGACCCGAGCGGCAAUAUCUACUUCGUCCGCCGACUGUCCAUCCUCGUCAUGGCCGAUGACUCGUCCACCCAAGACGAUUCUCAGCGGAGCCUGUGCUUUGCCCUCCAGGCGUGCGACGUUGGCGCUGCAGGUAUCCGGGCAAAUGAGCAUUUUGCGGACCCUCGACCCGGGAUCGACAGAAUGGUCUUCGGAGGCCGUCGCCGACCCCUGCAGCUGGACAUGCGGUGGGUUCGCCGCUGGAUCGACAUCUACGAGCAGGACCACGGACACAAGUGCGAGGAGGCCGAUGUCGACCAGCGCGGUGACCGUUUCCCCCUGAUUCGCUUCGUCGAUGUUAAGAAGAAAUGCAUCGUGACCUUAAAGGAUAUCCAUAUCCCCGACUACCGGUACAUGGCCCUCAGCUACGUCUGGGGCGGGCCUCAGGAGUUGAGACUCAUAACCCUCAAUAAGGAUAGGCUGGCAAAGCCGGGAUCCUUAGUGGACGGGGAAUAUGGAAAGUUGCCUCAGACGAUCAAGGAUGCGAUAGUGCUAACCGACGCACUGGCGAUUGAUUAUCUCUGGAUCGACGCGCUGUGCAUCCUUCAAGAUGGUGACUCUGACAAGGGGGUUCAGAUUGCCGCCAUGGCCCAGAUUAUGGCUUUUUCUUCAUCACCGUCGUGGCUGCAUCUUCUCCGAACGUUUACGGCGGCCUUCCUGGUCUCCAUCCGAGAACCCGCUUUGAAGAGCAACGCGAAGUGGCGCUGGGCUGUCCCUCAUGACGACGAGCUUCGCUACUGGAUGACGUACCAGAAGCUAGUGGCCACCUACACCCGCAGGACGUUUAGUUACAGGGGGGAAGUCUUCGACGCCUUCCGUGCCGUCCUGCAGGGUUUGUCGGAUCUUGGAAGAGGGGAGACGUUCACUUGGGGCCUGCCACGCUCCCAUUUCGACGAGAUCCCCGAAGUCCUCUGUUUCGAACAUAACCAUUCCCCUCUCCAAAUCGAGCGCGUUAGGGAGUUGUCAAUGGCAUACGAGGGGAGGAUCCGAGCAUUGCCCACAUGGAAACGCUUCCAGGACCAGCCCGUAACCCCCGACGACCUUGCAAGAGAUCAUCCACGACUUAUAAAAGCACAUCUCAAAACGGUUCCGGAAACGCAAGUUACCUUCUUCUGGACUAGCUCGGCGUUCUUCACCGUGGUAGUCGAAAGCGAUGCCAAGGCAACACGUCGAGCCAAAAUUAAAAGUUCGGACGGAAGCAUUGCAGGCUCAAUGGAAAUCGCAACCGCGACGCCGAAAAGCGAGUAUAAACGCGAGUUCAUUGUCUUGGCAAGCCGAAGAAAUCAGUUUUCGGAACCUGUACUGCGAGUCUUGCUGAUCGAGUGGGGUAACGAUGGCGCUGCAUACCGCAUCGACGACGCCGAAAUCUCGGAAGCGGCAUGGCUAAGGGAACCCUAUGCCCGGAAGUUGAUCCCGCUUAGAUAG